GUCCAAUGGCACGGCCGAGGAGGCGGUGUAUGGUGACAGAGAGAGGCGGGUUGCAGCAGCCAGCUGUUGGAAAGCAGCGCUCCUGAACCAUCCGCUACUACUGCACCAGUGGGUGAAACUCGGAGGCAAACAGAAGAGAAGACCGAGAGCAGGUAUAAAAGUGUCAGACAACUGAAAAAAUGGGAAGAAAGAAAAUACAAAUUUCUCGUAUUCUGGACCAGAGGAAUAGACAGGUGACUUUCACCAAGCGUAAGUUUGGUCUGAUGAAGAAAGCCUAUGAGCUGAGCGUGCUGUGUGACUGUGAGAUCGCCCUCAUCAUUUUCAACAGCACCAACCGUCUGUUCCAGUACGCCAGCACAGACAUGGACAAAGUGCUGCUCAAGUACACAGAAUACAGCGAGCCACACGAGAGUCGCACCAACACAGACAUACUGGAGACUCUGCGUAGGAAGGGCCUCGGUCUCGACGCGUCAGAGCUCGACAGUGAGGAGAGCAUGCAGGUGGCUGCAGACAAAUAUCCUCUCAGUGAGGGCAUGGAUCUCUCUGUGGCUCGCCAGCGCUUCUAUGCUCCAUCACUCCUCUCACCAGAGGCCCAGUUCCUGGUGUCUGCAGGCUGUGAGAACAGCUUCCCCAACUCAUCCGGAUCCAGCAUGGUGCCUCACAGAGCUCCGGGCUUUAAAUCUCUAAGUACCAGACCCGGCUCUGCCAGCCCUGCUGCACCACAUGCACACACUGCAUUCAUGUCUCCACACUCAGGUAUCGGCUACUCCGUGUUCUCCCAUGGCAGCCUGAAUCGAGCUCUGGACAUGAAAAGCCCUCCUCCUCUGAACUUGGGUGGUGAGAACCUGCGGGGAGAUGCUGCUAAUCAGGGCAUGGGGGCCACACGUGCUAACCACAGCUCUGCUAGGGGUGUCUUGUAUCAGGGCCUGCACAGCAGCAGCUCCAUGGUAGCCAUGGGCAAGGCAGGGCUGCUGGGUCACAGUUUGGGUCACAGCUACGGCCUCCCCUCUCCUGGAGCCUCUGAGUACAGCCAACCUGGAUUUUAUCACUCUGUUAGUCUACAACGAGGAGCAGUGAACCCCUGGCAGCCUGCACAGCCGCCUCAGGAGCCCCAUGGGCCUCAUAUAAGCCCAGCGAUGUCCAGUGGAGGGUGCUCCUUCCCCUCCCAGUCUUGCUCCUCAACCUCUCCACAUCUGCCCUCCCUCAACCUCACCAUCAAAUCGGAGCGUAGCUCUCCUGAGCACAUGUCCUCACCCACCUCCCCUCCUCUACACCACCUCAGGCAGCAUUCUCCAAUGAGCAACCCUGAGUCUGCUCGCCAUACCCCUCCGGAAGCCCGUCCAACCAAUGAGACGAAGGAGUUUCCCAAAUCUGGCUACCCACAAGAUGAAGAGGAAGGGGGGCAGCAGCCGCUCAGGCAGUUAGAGAUAAGUGAUGGGUGGCAGAGAUAGCUGGCUGCUGCAGUCUAACACCAUCUCCCAUUCAAUCAGCUAUCUUCCAUCAAAACCAGUCCUCUCUUACACACACACACGCACACACACACACACACACACACACACACACUCACACACUCAGAUAAAACAUAGAAGAUAGCGAGCUGGGGUCGAUUUGUCCCUAUCAUCCCAGAGAGGAAUGCCUCUCUUUGUCUCCUCACACAGAGCUGGUCUCUCCUGGGCGAUGGAGAAUUUUCUCUGCAUCACUUGAUUGAUCCCACGAGGAGACAGAUGCAUACAGACAUUUGCUUUUUGUUUGGUUAGGUUUAGUUUUUCUGUGUGGAGCUAAUGUGAGUCAGAAAUACAGUUUGAAAUGAGUUGGUUUUGUUCUGUGACUUUGUUGAAGUUAGCUACAGCAGCACAUUGGGACCAGCUGAAUUUCUCCAAAACAUGGUCUACUCACACAAAACCAGUUAGACGCAAACCGUCACUGGAGCCUUGGCCUUUUUUGAAAUACACUAGGACAUUUUUUAAAGGAUAAGUUCACAAGUCUGUCUUAUAACUAUACUCACUAUGCCCAAGUGUACAUUGAAAUAAUUUUGGCCGCUAUAAUUUCUCCUCCUCAAUUCACCUAUUAAGAGCCUUCAGCAGUCUGAAUAAGUCAAAUCAAGUUGGUAUCUUUAUCAAUUUAGGGGGAAUUCAGGGAUAGUCAAGACUAGUUUAUUUGUAGAAGACAAUCUCAUACAGAAAGCAAGUAAAAGUGCUUUACUGAGUAACAUAAAGAGGUAGUUUUGCACUAAAAACACUGUAACUUUGUAAGAUGUCCGGAAAAAACAUAUUUUAAGACAGACUUAAAGUGAAUUUAUCCUUUAAAAUUUUGGGCAUCAGUUUCUCUCAGGGACUUGGUUGAUGGUUUCUUUAGGAAGUUUAAAAAUGGCUUCUUUCUGUGUUUGUUUGUAAGACUUUAACUAUGGAUAUGCUUUAGUUGUAUUCUCCUCUAAAUAAUGCUGGUUUCAUCUUUUUACUUUUCUCCAUCUGUACCAAAGUUAUGGCAGUCUACUUCAACUGAAGACCAAAGUGUUUAAAUAUUGUUCCUAUGUAUUGCAAUCAAAUACUGCAACAUCCAAAGAUGUCUAUAUUGGGUCUAAUUUGAUUUAAGUAAUAUAAAAUGGCAUCAGUUAUUUUUCUGAAGGGCUUCAUUUAGUAACUUCAUAUUGUAGAUGUCACUGAGCUUUACUGCCAUCACUGUCAUCAUCAUCUUAUGAUAUUUUGAAAUAUACGAGACACUGAAAAGUCUAAAUGUUUGAAGGAUAUUUCGUAAAAACCCAUCACAUUACAGUUUUACUAUGGAGAAAUGUUUGGUUUUCAUUAUAUCUGUAAAUGUUCUUUGCACUGUAUGUUUUGUGCACUGGACUUCUGUGUGUUUUAGUUUUGCAUAUUCAACUUUUGUUUUGCCAAUUACAAAAUAUACUUUGAAUGAAUUUCCACUUAUUGUCCACAAGGGGUCAUCUUAUGCCACAAACUGUGGAUUUUAGAUUUGAAUCUGAAAAUGCAGAGCAGGGAAGACCAGCCUAAACUAUUGGUGAUUAAUUAUCUACUGAAUCUCUGUUAAAGGACACAGGUUGAGUGGUUCACCCUCUUCAAGUUCAAGUGCUGCUGUGGUCUUUUUCAUUUUUUAAUGAAGUUUGUGGAUUAAUAUCAGCAUGAUAAACCAAAUUGUCAGUAUUCUGAUGUUUUGGGUUGAGUUUUUAUAUGUUUGCUGAAUGCUUCAUUAACAGAACAGACAUUUUUGUGAUUCCUUUUAAAUAAAAGCAGUUUGAUUUGUA